AUGUCUCAGGAGAUAUGUGCAGCCUCUAGUGCGACUGAGCAGUCGGCGAACCGCUCGUCGGACACUCGCGUCUGCGCGGUGCUGACAAAGAGCGAGUUCGCAUCGCCGUUUGGGCCUCUCAAAGAGCGCCUACGCCAAGCGAGGAGAACGUCUUCCGGGUCCGCUCCUUCUGAACCGCUGCAGCACCAUCCUAACAGCGAGACUUCCCCGUCACCUCCGACAGCGAGUGUACGUCCAUCCCACCGUCAGCGUGCUGCUCGGUUUUGUCGGCCCGCUACCGGGUGUGAAGCGUCUUCUGCAAGGCAAUCUGUCUUCGAGCAGGGGCUUCAGGUGCAACGCCUUCGUCAGGCAUCGAUUGAAGUCCGAGGCACUCCUGCGCGUAUACCGAAGGGCCAGCUGGAUGGUGCCGCCCGACCCUCCACUGCAGCUACGGGGAUUCGUCGUCCAGCGCACUCUGCAGCAAAUGCUGCACCCACAUCGAGACCUGGAGAUUUCCAUGAGGAUUCGGGCGAGCAGAGCUCCAAUCAUGCCUCCGGUGGAGACCAGUUCAUCGCCUCCAGUGAUGCCGCCGAUGGCAUGCGAUAUUUCAAGCGCUGCUCCUCAGUUGUUCGAGCACCGGUCAGCAGGGAGACGCGCAAUACGGUGGACGACAGGAGGAUCUCACUCCGAGCUUCAUCUCAUCAGGCACGACGUCGUCGAGAGAGACAGCGAACCACGCAGACUGCUGAGCUGCGGCAAAUGCGCUCUCACGCGCUCAGAUGCCAAAUGCAGAGCUCGAAGGCCUCAGCUGACGCAACCUCAUUGCCAGCGCCCCCUGCGGCGAACCCGCCGAGCAGCAAGAGUUCAGGCGCUGCGUUGCGGGUUCGCGGCCGACUCGCACCUACAGCGAAAAAUGCCUUAGACCGUCCGCGGUCUGCCGUCUGUUGCCCACGAAUUUCGGCCCCUCCUCCAACAACGACGAUGCUUCCCCGCGGAGGAACCUCGCAGGAAGCACUGGAUGGCGAAAGUGAAGGAGCCCGCAGCAAGAAGCACGGGAAAAAAACGCUUGAAGCUUCACAGCCACGAAAUUCUUCGGAGCUUUUGGAAGCGGCAGUCAGUGCAUGCGUGACGGUAACACCAGCAGGGCACGCAUCACAGGAAACCACGACGCUCAACUCUAACAAAAACUCUUCUCAUGCAACGAGAGAGGCGAGGCCACGGUUGGAAGUGAAGCGCGUGGACGACGCAACGAGAAAGCAGCCGCACGCUGGCCUUCCAAUCACAACCAGGGCAACUGCGCCAGAGGAAAUGAAGGCUGCAGCCUGCCGCGUUAUGGCAAGGUGGCUGGCAAGAAUUCGGAGACGCAUGCGGCUUGAGUUCGGAAAGGAGUUCAUCUCGUUUUACCACAGCAGAAAGCUGGACCUGCUUCGUCAGCGCCAACAGCAGCUCCUCCUCCAGGAGGCUACGGUGGAUCCUUGCCAGCGUCUUCGACAAAUCCUCAAUUCUUACUCAAAAGUAGUACCGCCGGUGUCGAAACCUGCAGAGGUGCAUUGUGACGCCGAGGUUCCCACUCGAUCAGAUGAGAGAACUGUGACCACUUCUGGCGGCUCAUCGCGUCCCGACGAGACAGCGCCACAGACGUCGCGGCCUCUCGCCAAUGUCCGGGGGGCUGCACGCCGCGAUGCGGCUCCCGCAUCGCGGCGUGCCUCCUCAGGUGCGUCCAAGGAAUCGCCUUUGCGGGCAAUCAUCCCUCCGUUCCAGGCAAUCCCGACUCCGGAGUGCACAUCCGCAAGCAGGCAAGAAGUUCGCUCGAGGCCGGGCUCCUCCUGGCGCGAACGGUUGGGGACAGAAGCAACCGCCAACGAUGGCGUGAGCCACUGCGCCAUCGCGUGGGGAUACACAGCGGCCAACGCCGAGCCGACAAGGCAGCGGAGAAUGAGAAUGCAAGCAGCACUUGACCUUGUUUCUUCAAGCCUCGUAACCGUGUGCGGCUUGGACGCACGGCUGCGGGUGCCUCAGACCCGUUCAGCUGUCUCGUCGUCGGCUGGUGCUCCCGAGUCGCCUGCAAGUGUGUCCACAGAAAAGACGAGAGCUGGAGGUGUGUUUCCCUCAUCUCCACCGAGCAAGCUUGACAUUGAAGUUUCACUCGCGACAGUCGGACAUGGGACAGUAGCAACUAGGGAACAUGCAGACGAGCCAAAAGCCCCCACGUCUCGUGAUCCUUUUUCUCCUAAUCGCUCACCGGGCGGGCACUCUACUGGCGAUCCCUUUCCACUGGAUGAGCCGGCUGGAUCGUUUGGGCCGUCUGACCCUCCGGUCUCAGACCCGUCACGAGAUUCCUCCGCCGAAAGACUUCCUCAUUCAGAAGCACCCACAGAUUGCAUUAAGUCGCAGCCCGUCUUGACUCAGAAAGUUUGCCGCAGUGGGAGGAAACCGAAUGAGACAGUGGCGACCUCGAGCCGAGAUAGUGCUGAAACUGCAGGUCAUGAGACUUCUGACGACUCUACCACGCACUUUGCAUCAGACUCCAGCGCAGGAGCGCCAUGCCCGCGUCCAGUGCCAACAGGGGACUCGGAAAGUCCGUUGGAUGCCGAGGGCAGCACGGCUGACGAGGGUGGCCAGAAAAAUUUGCGGCACCAUCAAGACACUGCGGUCGUUGCGGGCGCCGCGGGCCCCUGGCAGACGUUCGUGGUUCAUGAUGAGUCCGACGUUUCAUGCUCCCCAAAGGAGACCUCCGGCCGUCUGUUCCAAAAAAGCACUUUAGACAAUGCAUCACCGUCAGAGGACACGAAGCAGAUGUUUCGUAUGCCCCCUCCGGCAUGUUCCUUCACCUCGCGACAGGUUGAUCCUGAGAACGAGACCGGGAGCAGCAUCCUUUCGUCGAGCGGCGCACAGUCUGAGCAUGCCGUCGAACUUGCUCAUCUCGCUACGCAGGUGGAAACUGCCGGAACGUCGGUGCCUGGCACCGGAUCCUCUGGUGCCAGGUCGCUCAGCCAUCAAACUUCGGACGACGAUUUCCCCUUGCAACAAUCUCUACCGGUAACAAGUCUACCGACGGUCACGACAGGGCACGCGAGGAACGGCCGCUUCACCAAAAUGCAAGACGCGCGCGUGGCAGGUUCCGGGGCAGCGAAAGACGCACAAUCCGUAUUGUGCCUCGCGGGGACGCUCCAGCGCGACGACGAGGCCAGGUUUGAACCAUCGCUUCUGCCACCACAAAUUCGACUCCCGCCCUUUUCCUCAACUAGAGUUCCGGAGAGGUCGUGCGAGGCAAGAGAUACACUCGAGGUGGUGGCAAGGGAUAGACCCGUGGACGCAACUGGGCACAAGCCAAUGACCACAUUCCUUGCGGCGCUGGAAGACAAACUCUUCUGCACGAAAGCUCUCGCGCGACCGUGCUCCACGGAUGCCCCCCUUUUGGCGGGCGGCCUCCGGAGCCGGUGCGGGAGCCCACUUGCCAGUGGUCACCGUGAGGUGGCUCUUCCAGACACAAAGCAGCCUUCGACGAAUGCAUGUGGCGAGGCGCUCAAGUUUUCCCGCUAUGCCGCAUCUGCGACUUGUGCAGCAGAUGAAGACGCGACGACAGCGGCGACUGCGCCAGUCGCUCCACCCCAUCUUCAGGAAAAAGGAGGCGACACCGAGGUGUCCUUUGUUCCAGAGCCCUUCUCUCGUGCUACGUCUGUUUCGGCAUGCAGAAUGGAGGAAUCGUCUGCCUGCAGCUCCCAGGUGCUGUGUUCUCUGUCUCGACUACAGAAUUUGGGCCACGUGCCUGUUACCACGGCAGCUCAAGCCGACGAUGUGCUACGUGCGAUCACCAUUCUGCGACUCUACUCUGCCCCGAAAGCGAUUCAUGCGGGUACGCUCCAGCAGACGGCCGAUGGGCGCCGUACAGCCUCUCUCGAGGCGGGGCUGGAGAACAGUUCAACUGGGGAUGCGUCCGUGCAAGAGUUGGCAUCCACGACAGCCAAGCAUCCGACGCCGCCACCAGGCCCAUUUAUGCGGGGAGCGCCUCCGCCUCACGCUUCAACGGCACCUCCUCUUCAGAUGAUGAUGCAAGCCUGCACCUGCCAACGGCAUGAACCCGCUGAUCUGCCGCUGCUGGUGCAGACGGGAGCCGACGGCAGACCGGACGAGCCGCCCACACACGACGCUUUUCCCGCCUACGUAACGCAGCAUGGUUAUGCAAACCGCCCAAGCCUAGGUGGGAUUCGUGGUGCUGGGACAGUGACUGCAGACAGAUAUUGUGGGAGCGACCUCACGCAAAUCACGUGUUCUGAACAGGCUACAGUCCCUGAGCCCCCAGCGAUCCGGAAGCUGCUUGUGGCUUCCACACUGCAAGUAUUCCAGGGAAUUGCCGACCAGCGUAGCAAACAAGUGCCGCUACGCGCGCCUGCGCAGACCAGAAGACAUUCUGGGUGGCGCAUAUGCGUUCCGGCUCCCACGGACUCCGGGCACUUCCCUGGCAUGGAGAAGGUCCCCCCGGCAUCGCGUUUGCCGGUUUUAGGCGGUGCGACUGCGAACGAGGGACUCUCUUGCGACGGAUAUCCAACAUUGUUCAAUCCCUGGGUGGGCAACGGGCCUUCAGUCAGCUGCUUCGAUCUCAUCCAGAAGAGACAGGGCGCCCAAGUACAGGGCUCUGAAGAGACGCCGCAUGACGCGGGUGGGCGUCAGCGCCGCUUCCUCCACGAGGCGCAGUUUCACAGUUUAAGGGAACACGCUCUGCCACCUGAGAGCUGCCGUUUUCCCUUCGCUUCGCGAGCGGAAGAACCGCGCCUUCCAGGAAGUCGAAUACCCGCAAGAGCCACACAUCCCUGUCUUUCCAGGGAAAAGUCCGUUAUCGACCUGGAUGGCAAACACGAGAGGUUGCAAAAUGCUAUCUCAGUCUCACCAACCCAUGAGGCUCGUGGAAUCCCCGCUGGGCAGCAGAGGUCUGCAGUGCGGAAGUCUUCCGCAGGUAACCCCCAGCGACCCAAAGCUCUGAUAAGCGGGCGCGUAGCAAAGGGUGGCGUGAAGGCUUUUGCAGCCCAAAUGCAAGCACGUGCGGAAUACCGGCGACGGCGCCUGGAACUGGUGAAACUCAGGUAA